AUGCCACCAAUAUUCUCACGUCCACCAGCAAGGAUAGAGUCGCUGCCCGUGGAGAUCAUCCAGAUGAUUUAUCUACGUGCGUUGGAACCCAACCUUGCCCGCGCAUCCAUUCUAAUUGCCAACGCCGUAUCCAACACAAUGUUUUAUGAUAUCUUUCUGAAACAUGCCUUCUGGUAUGACCCUCAUGGGAUAUUUAACGCUGGGCCUCAGCACUAUUCAGCAAAAGAGGGCCAUACGACUGUAGGUGGGCGAUCCCAUUCCUGCAAUUUGCCGGCUUGGUACCAACGGCUCACGAUCAAUGAACAACAUCGACUCCAAGCCCAAGUAGCUAACUGUCGUUGGUUUACUCUGCUCCGAUUCCAGGAAACCAUCCAGAGUUUGUUUGAGUGGACCUACGGGUCCGUUUCAUGUCACACAAUUCAUCUGGGUAUGGAAUCUCUACCAAACCCAGCAGCCGUACAACUUUGGCGAGAGGCAUUUUGGUACAUGCCUUCCCUCUCACAGCAGGGCCAAACUGAUGCAAUGUUAGGCCACGAGAAAUUGCUUCGGAUACCUCUACUACGACUCUUUAUGAUCCCAAAUAAGCUCUUUCGCGGUCCGUGGGAUAAAAAGCAGACUGACUUGCUGGAAACUCUCUAUUCGGAGCUUCUCAGUCUGCUGGGGUGGAGCCGCACGAGGAGUGUUGCCGAGCAAUCGCAGCUACCCCGGCCAACUUUGGACAAAAACGAAUGCUUCCGAGGCAUGGAAAAAGCCAUUACUGAGCAUCAGGAGACUACCCUUCUCCACUUUCUCCGGUUUCUCGAACUCCUAGGAUCUACCAAAGAUUCCGCCGGCAGAAUCUGCCACCCUAUACUGCCGGAGCAUCUCUAUCGCAGCGCCACCCUGCACCAUCCAGCCGAUUCCACCUUCCUGUGGCGACUCAUUGAAGCCAGUCCAACCUCCCUGCCAGACAUACCAGAGAUCCACGGCUGGGCCGCCGCGGCCCGCGAUCGUGGUGACCCUUUAGGGCUAAGUGUAUUGGAAAUUCUGGAGUUAAAUCGAUUGCGAAAUGAGACCAACUCAAACUUCUGCCGACGUGCCCUGGGUCGUAUACUGACAAAGCUGGUGCAUAUUCUUGGAAGUCUAGGCGUAAACCAUCGGCGUCAAAGCCGUUCGUGA